CACAAACACCACAAACACCACAAACACCACAAACACCACAAACACACAAACACCACAAACACUUCUUCAGUAACACAAACACUUCUUCAGUAAUACUAACAAUGAUUUCGAUGAACAUGAUGACCCCCACCAACACUGCCGCCACGGUAACAGACACGGAGGAUUCCACUUGCUCCACUUCGUACGAGUCUCGAUUCCACACAUUUGUCUAUGAGGAUCACUUUGGCCCUCAGCACGAACGCUCCGCCAUUGAAGUGCACUACACGCAAGCACUGUGCAUGGCUUUGGGCAAACAGAACGACUACACCAAAGAACAGUCGAGUUGGCUCAAGGGAUUCUUGGUCACCAAAUCGGCUCCGUCUGUUUUGAUUGAAUCGGUCGAUGCCUUGUUGGAACAAGCGGGUGAUUUGAGUGAAGAAGAAUUCCAAGAAGACUGUGCUUUGCUAGCGUCUACAUUCUCCUCCAAAGCGGCACCUUCUGUCGUCUACGAUAUGAUGUGCGGUGCCUGUGUCGGCGGAUUCCAAAGUGCUCAUCAAUGGGAAGCCAUUGUGGCGCUGUCGCGACAAUGGCACGUUAGUGAAGAAGUCUUGAGCGAAAUGCGCGAGACUGUGGAAACCGAAGAAGCCCAACGUCGUCAUCGACUGCAGCGACUCUUUCCCAAAAUUCGCAACAUUGAUCACAUGCUCAUGAUGCCUCGUAUUGAAACACACAUGUACAUGGCACACAAGAGACAGUCUGCGGUCCGCAACAGCAGCAGCAACAACAAGACCAGACAGUACAAAUUGUAAAACAACAGUAAAAACACAAGCAAAUAUUAGUUUUUGAACAAAGAAGACAAGCACACUGUAAUACUACUAGCUAGCUAGCAAUGGACUACAGACACACACUCUAUCUACUUGAU